CAACAACACACCACCUACAACAUGCUCUUCUGUCCCUACUGCGCCAACAACCUCACGAUCGGGGACGGCGAGGAGUCGCCAGAGAAGUGCUGGGUCUGCCCUACGUGCCCAUACCAAUGGGUCAUCACGCAGCAGAUCUCGAUGCGUACCCACCUGGCGCGAAAGCAGGUCGACGACGUAAUGGGCGGCGAGGACGCGUGGAAGAACGUCGACCAGACGGAUGCCGACUGCCCAAAGUGCGAGUCCCACCGCGCCUACUUCCGCCAGCUGCAGAUCCGGUCCGCCGACGAGCCGAUGACGACCUUCUACAAGUGCGUCAAGUGCGGCUGGCAGUGGCGUGAGAACUAGACGAUACCCGCGCCUUUAUCAUCAUGUUGUACAAUGCAUUGGGUUCAUAUAG